AUGACAAAUCUUAAUGUGAGCAACAGCAGUACAGACAGUAGUUCUGGGUCGAGUUCUGAUUCCAGCAGCAGUGCUUCCAGUUCAACCAGCUCGGGUUCAGGCUCUAGUAGCUCGGAUUCUGAAUCAUCAGCUUCAGAUGUCCAAACAACUACAGCAGCUUCAAAGUCUCCAAAAGUUACACCUACUGAUGAACCGAAAAAGAAAGACGAGCUCAAACAGAGAAGAUCAUCUAAAUCCAAAAUCAUAUCUUCAAGUGAUGACGACAUUCCUAAAAUACCUAGUCCUAAACCUAUUGCCAGAAGAGGUAUGGCCAAAACCAAAAAUGCGGCAAGUGUUCUAGCAGCAAAGAAACCAUCAGCAAAGCCUGUAGGGGCUAAAUCCCGAGCAAUAGCUAAAGUUACCAAAAUAGUGAAAAAUGAUAACGCAUCAAAAAAGAAAAGUAUAUUUUCUCCUGAUAACAGUUCUGAAUCAGACUCAGAGAGUAAGGGAAGUAAGACUUCUAAAUUAAGUCCAAAAAGAUCCCCUAAAGCAAAAAAGACAAGAAAGUCAAGUGAUGAUAAGGACACCUUACCACCUUCAAUUCAAAAUGAUGAUUCAAAUUCCAAGGAUAGUUCCAAGAGAAGAGGAAGUAGAUCGAGUGGGCCCCCUAAAAAGUUAGAAGAUAAAAGUGUGUCAUCUUGUUCAUCCAGUCAAUCAUCAGUGGAAUCUGUGUCUUCAGAUAGUGAAAGUGAGCCGACAUCAAAAAAAGGUCUAUCUAAAACCAAGUCUAAUAAAGAGAUUCAAAAAAGUGGUGACUCUGGUGACUCAGUGCCUAGAAAGUUGACGCGUUCUACCGCAGCACGGGCUUCACGUAUGGUGACUUCUAAACCAAAUGAUUCUGAUUCUGAAGCUGACGAAAAGAGUAAUGGCAAAAGUAAGGAUAAAGAGGAUAAAAGGCUAGCAAAAGCUCGUGCAGCACUUGUGAAAUCACCAGCCGUCCUACCGAGAUCCACUUCACCCUCUGAGAGAAGAUGCCCAGUCAGAGGGUGUGAUUCGAAAGGACAUUUUGGUGGAAAGGCAGAGAAGCACUUCACCUACGACGCGUGCCCCACGUACCACAACGUGACAGGCGCGUGGUGCGUGGCGGCCGCAGAGGAGAGAGGGGCCGCGGCCUCUGCCAGGAAGAAGGCCGUCAGCGCCAUGAUGCAGAGACCCAGGGCCAUGCCCACCAUCGAGCAAAGGGCUUACCAGCUCAAGGUCAAGGAUAUGCGUUCAAAAUGGAAAGGCAGUCACGAGCUCAAGUCGAUGUCGAACGAGGACAUCGGAGAAGAGAGAGAACCCGUUUUAGACGGUUUUGUGCCGGACUACGAUUUGAGAUUGUUCAGAGAUGCGCAGGCGCUCGCCGCCGUCCAGAUCGAGGAGGAAUUGGAAGACAUCGCCAGCGAUAAGGGAACGAGAUACGUGGUGAUGGGCAAGUACAUGAUGGAGGUGUGGUACCAGUCCCCGUACCCGGGGGAAGCGGCCCGGGUGCCCCGCCUCUUCGUGUGCGAGUUCUGCCUCAAGCACCACACGUGCGCCACGGGGGCGCAGCGCCAUCGUCUCAAGUGCGUCUGGCGACACCCGCCAGGGGACGAGGUGUACAGAAAAGACACCCUGAGCGUGUGGCAGGUGGACGGACGCAAGAACAAGCAGUAUUGCCAACAGCUCUGUCUCUUGGCCAAGUUCUUCCUCGACCACAAGACGCUGUAUUACGACGUGGAACCCUUUCUCUUCUACGUGAUGACCAGCGCCGACGAGGAGGGGUGCCAUAUCGUUGGCUAUUUUAGUAAGGAAAAGAACUCGUUUCUCAACUACAACGUAUCGUGUAUUCUCACCUUGCCGCCUUACCAAAGACAAGGCUACGGAAGGCUUCUGAUAGAUUUCAGUUACCUACUAACAAAGGAAGAAGGAAAAGUCGGAUCUCCAGAAACACCGCUAUCGGACCUCGGUCUCAUCUCCUACAGAUCUUACUGGAAGGAGGCGAUCCUCAAACGAUUAUGUUCAGCUCCAGGACCGACCCUGGGUAUACGCGAACUCAGCAAGGACUUGGCUAUAUCCUCAUCUGAUAUAGUCUCAACUUUGCAAGAACGAGGUCUAAUGAAGUAUUGGAAAGGCAAGCAUAUUGUCUUGAAGAAGCAGGAUGUUUUGGAAGAAGCGACUCGCCGUGCAGGCCGAGUUCGCUCAGUAGAGCCUUCCUGCCUUCGUUGGUGGGGUGGGCCAACACCGCGUUAA